AUGGAAGUAGAAUCUGAAACUCAAGAACUGCAUAUUCACGUCAAUGACGAACCUGAAAGGAAACUCUCAACAGAAAAGAGAAGUCACAACUAUUCAUGGAGGUUAAGAGUGUCUCUCUACGUUAUUCUUGUCUUAGCUGGAGAGACAAUAGCCACUCUCUUAGGUAGACUUUACUACGACAAAGGUGGAAACAGUAUAUGGCUCGAGACGUUAGUUCAGCUAGUUGGGUUUCCUUUAACCCUUCCUUGCUAUUAUUACAUAAAGCAUGAACCGUCUUCCAAGACUAGUAAUAACUUAACCAAGAAAACAACUUCUUCCAGCUUCUUGAAACUUUCUUUAGUAUACAUUGGACUUGGCUUGCUUGCUGCUGGUCACAGUGUUCUUUAUUCCUUUGGAUUACUCUACCUUCCUGUCUCAACUUUCUCUUUGAUCUCUGCGUCUCAGUUGGCUUUUAAUGCCGUCUUCUCUUACUUCCUUAACUCACAGAAGUUCACACCUUGUAUACUUAACUCACUUGUUCUCUUGACCACAUCUUCUACACUUCUUGUCAUCCAACCUGAGCCUGAGUCUUCUACUUCAAACUCAUUAUCCAAAUACAACUAUGUGAUUGGAUACAUCUGUGCCAUUGGUGGUUCAGCUGGAUAUUCCUUAGUGCUUUCUUUAACAGAUUAUGCGUUUGAAAAGAUUCUAAAGAAGUACACAUUCAAGGCUAUUUUGGACAUGGUCACAUAUCAGUCAUUGGUAGCUACUUGUGCAGUUUUGGCUGGACUCUUUGGAAGUGGUGGGUGGAAAAUGCUGAGGACAGAAAUGGAAGAGUUUAAACUAGGGCAAAACUCUUAUCUUUUGAUAAAUAUUGGUUCAAUGAUAUCAUGGCAAGCUUGUUGGAUUGGUAGUGUGGGUUUGAUUCUUGAAGUUUCAUCGCUUUUCUCAAACGUGAUAAGCACUCUUUGUUUACCUGUUGUUCCUGUUCUUGCUGUUGUGUUCUUCCGAGAUGAGAUGAGUGGAAUCAAGUUGAUUGCAAUGUUUUUGGCCAUAUGGGGGUUUGUUUCUUAUGCUUACCAGCAUUAUAUUGAUGAUUCAAAACCAGAGGAAGAGGAAGAAAAAGGAACACAAGAAGAUAACAGUAACAACAUUCAGGAUUAG